AUAAUCGACAAUUAUUGCAGCAUAAACACCCAUCAUAAUUCAUAUUUUUGAAUGCAUUGUAAACCUAAUGUGCAAAAAUGCAUUUCCCAAGAUUACCACAUCAAUUGCUUUAUUUACAAUUGUACAGACGUAUGCAUGCCAAUUUUUUGUGUUGGGAGCAUUUACACCCCUUCACCAGUAGGUGGCGCCAGAGGCUCGCAAAUGAUUUCGCCUUUUUGCAGUCGGCUCCAAAACGAUGCAUCGAUGUACAACAAUUCCGUUCGGGAUGUUAGUAGGGCUUGGUGGGGACCUCCAGACAUAACUGGCCGAGUUCUUUUUCAAAAAAAUAAAGUGUUAUCUUUUGAAUUUUGUACGUCUACGCAAUACGCAUGCGUGUGAGCGUCUUUAUUUCAAACGAAUGUUCUGCAUAGAGAUUGGCUCAGAUUUCGAAACAUGAAUGAGUUACGUUUUUGAAUCUCAACUAUGAUUGGUCCGCCUCGUGUUUGAAUUUCAAUUAAAAUUUAUUAGCCCGCGAUUGGUCAAAGCGGGGGUGUGGUGGUACUUGAGCUAUUAGUGCAACCACCAGAGUGAGUUGGACGCUGGAGAGUGCAGAAAUGGCAGAAAGUGCAGAGUGCAGAGUGCAGAAAAAGUUUUUUACCAAAGACGAAGCCCUUCAAGCAAUUUUGGCAACUGACACCGAAGACGAUUCCGGUUCUGAAACGUCAGAACAUGAGUCGUCGGGGGAGUUUUCGCCCGAUUAUCAGCCUAAUGCUGACGACAACAUCGAGGAGGACAGCUCCGAUUGGGAAGAAGAGGAGGGAGCCUCGGAUGAUGCUGCGGAAGUGGUCGGGCAGGACCAGGAUCCAUCGGGCAGCGCCGAUCAGACGGUAUGGAGCUCGAAAAAUAAAAAAGUGAUGUGGCAUCCAACCAACGAAGUGGCUGGACAUUACGUGCCUGCACGAAUUCCCACGCCUGGCCCCACGUUGUAUGCAAUAGCCAGGAUCAGCAGCCCGGAGACGGCGUUUGCGUUGUUUGUGGAUGAGGAGAUCGUCGCGAAAAUAGUCGAAAUGACCAACCUCCAAGGGCUCCGAACGAUCAACAACUGGUCUCCCGUCACGCCCCAAGAGCUGCGGGCGUAUAUCGGGCUGCUGAUCCUGGCUGGAAUGUACCGGUCCAGGCAUGAAGCGACGAGCAGCUUGUGGGGCGUCAACACCGGGCGUCCAAUGUUCACCAACGCAAUGGCUCAUCGGAGGUUUAUGGAGGUCAACCGAAUGCUACGUUUUGAUGAUAAGCUGCUUAGACCACAGCGGCACCAUGCGAACAAACUGUCGCCGAUAUCAGAUUUGUGGAGCAGAUGGAAUUUCCGGCUGCAGAAAAUGUUCAACGCGGGACGUGACGUGUGCGUGGACGAGCAGCUAAUUGCCUUUAGAGGACGCUGCAGCUUCAAACAAUAUAUGCCGUCAAAGCCUGCAAAGUAUGGCAUAAAAAUUUGGGCCCUCUGUGACGCUCGAACCUCCUACGCAUUGAUGCUGGAGGUCUACACCGGGAAGCCUCCAGGGGGCACGCGUGAACCCAAUGUAGGAAUGCGUGUGGUGCUGGGACUCACUGACGCACUGGAAGGGCACACAAUAACAGUGGACAAUUUUUUCACAUCAAUACCCCUUGCAGCAGAACUGAAAAAAAAAAGAAACUCACUUGUGGGUACUGUAAGGAGGAACAAGCCGGAGCUCCCUGCACAAGUGACACAAAUAACAGGAAGGCAGCCCCUCUCCAGCAUUUUCUGCUUCACCAAAGACAUGGCUUUGGUUUCAUACGUCCCCAAAAAAGGGAAAAAUGUGCUGGUGCUCAGCACAGCACACAAGGAGCCUAAAGUGGAGGACGGGGGCAAAAGAAAACCCCAAAUGAUAUUGGAUUACAAUAAAUCUAAGGGAGCAGUGGACCACCUGGACCAGGCGUGUGGCACAUACUCAACUCGCCGGCGAGCACAACGGUGGCCAAUGUGCCUUUUCUACCACAUGCUGGACAUUUCGGCCUUCAAUGCCUUUUUGCUGUACACCUCUGUGAACCCGGGUUGGAACGCCAACAAACUUUACAGAAGAAGGCUGUUCCUCGAGGAGGUCGGCAAUGCGUUGAUCAUGCCAGAGGUUCAUCGGAGAAAGCCACAGACCGCUGCUGGUGCGGUGCAGGCUGCAGUGCAGCAACAAGAGGCCACUCCUUCGCCCAAGCGAAAACAAUGUGGCCUCUGCACAGACAAACUCAUUGCAUCAAAUGCAUGCGAAAAGUGUGGUACCCCCAUUUGCCGCAAACACAUGAGGAGCAUCUGCAAAAACUGCUAAAAAAAAAAAAGUUCUGAAAAGUGUUCGUUGUUCUUGUUUGUUUUGAAAAGUAUUGUUGUUCUUAUUCUGAAAAGUGUUGUUCUUGUUCUGAAAAGUGUUGUUUGUUCUUGUUUAAAAUUUGGUAUAUAAAUUCUGUUAUAAAUUCUUCAUAGUUGUUGUGACUUUCCUUUUCAAGUUUAUAUAUGUAUGGAUAGCUCUGAUGCCACUGAACAUUUUGAGUGGUUGAAAGUAAAAAAAUAUUCAGAAAUGACUUAGUUAUCGCACCUCAAAAAAAUUUACAAUUAUUGUAGAACAAUUGUAUGUUUAGAGUUAUUAUACACAAAAAUGGCCAUUGCCAAAAAUAGGCAUGCAUAAAAAAAUGUUUGUUGUUAUAACUCAUUGACCUUUUCAAGGCUCU